AUGGAUGAAGCAGACCAGUCAUCGCCAAAAGGGCACCCAUUUGUGGACCCCGAAGUUCAGUCAAGAACGGGCGCGCGUUCCGCACAAUCAGCAUUCAUGGAUCGUACAAAACACUUGGCUGAGUUGAAGACGAACAUGGAAGCUAUCAUUCCGGAUUACGAUGACGUGACCGCAUCACCACUUGAUGCCGUGGAGGCUAAAGACAGCGACGACACACCAUCAAACGAUAUGAAAAUUUUCGAGACUAGUGGAGCUGCGUGCGCAGAUAUGGAUGAAGGUGUAUGGCACGAACGCGCACCCCGGGCUGCACCACCGUCACUUAGCUCGAGUCCCCUCGUUGGCCUUGCCGACCCAUCUGAGUUUCAUCUAGACUCUGUGCCGAUACGGGAAGCACCGAACAUCUCUUCCUCGCCAAUGCAUGCGGAAUCACUCCCGGUACCUCCGCGUCGUCUGUCUUCCCUCUUGAACAAGGCUAUGACGUACUUUGGCAGCUGCAUCGGCAGCUACUUCACGUCCGCGCCCGGCGUGGUCGAGUACUCCGGCGCGGAUAUCCUACGAAAUACCCAAAUCGGUAUCGAGGCGGAGGAGCUCACAUUCCCGAAUAAAGCUGCAGUGAUUAGGAUCAUAGCCAUUGUCACAGAUAGCUCUGGCGCAUGCAGAGAGAAGGAUGAGAAAUACGAGGCAGUAGAGAGGCGUGUGGAGUUACGGGCAAAGCCUAAGCGAGUGAAGGAGAUUUUGAGAGGGGAGAGAUAUUACAUUGCCGAGGAUUACUAUAGGAAGGAAAUUCGGCUCGCGUUUAGAGCUUUAGGAAAGUUGUGA